AUGCGAUUAGUAGGUGUACGCCGCAUACGCUCUAGUCUCACUGACCACCGGCGUUCGAGCAGCAGCGGUGGGACGUCGGGUGGAGCCGCAGCUGGGACCUCGACGCGGCAGCGGGGGGGGGUGUAUGAUGUUGAUGACAUGACAAACCUGGACGAGCACCGUCGCCUCUCCGCCUCUAUGGUGGAGCUGCAACGCUUGAGGGAGAAAGCCGCGUUGAGCGCGCGGGACGCCAACCGCCGUGAGCAAGAGCUUCACCGCGUCAAGUCUGAGCACGCCACGGUGCGGCAGCAACUUGAGCACAUCAUCCGUGACUUGUUAGAAAGGCAGAAAGGCCUCUCCGAGGAGGUGCGGCAGAGCCACCAUGAAAUGCAGCUUCUUCGUGAGGAGGCGGCAGCAAAUCACUCGGCACGAGUAGCCGUACGAGAAGCGCAGCAUCAGCAGCUGCAGGAGGAGCUGCAGGCAAGUCAAAGUCGCGAGGCGGAAGCUGCUGGGGAGCUGGCGGUCGUGAUGGAGAAGCUGGUCAAGGCCGACACGUAUAUCAAGACACUCUCCGAUGAGGCCGUGGAGUAUCAGCUGGGGAUUGAGCGGCUGCAACAGCAGCUUGACGCUGCAACAAAGGAGUUGGCUCGGAAACACGAUGCGAGAGAGGAGGAAAGUAAAUUGAUAACAUCUGAGGAGACAGCUCGCAAAAAAAAAGAAGUCCAGGAGUUAUGGACGGAGCUGGUGACUGCAACGCUUGAGUGUGCCGACAGCUGUGACACGAUGAGUCGUGAGUGCGACGAAUUCAUUGAUGUCAUCAAGGAGGAGCAGCAGCGUGCCUGCCAGAGGCAAAGUAGCAUUAUCGGUAGGAGUAGUGGUGGCUGCGGCGGAACCGGAACCGAGACCGAGACCGAGACCGUUGCGGUGAAGAUGGAAGGUAAGAAGGGCCCUCCGCAGGAGCGCGUCACCUUUAUGUCGUGUAAACCCACAGGGGCGGAACUUGAGCGCCUCUUACACACAUCUCGCGCGCCGCGGCAGCAUGGAGAAAGCGAGGGUAAGAACAAAGACAGUGCCAUUGUUUGGGAGGGCACUGCCCGUGUGAUUGCUCGGGUGCUGCGUGGCAUGCAAAUGGCGCUGCGUGAGUCUAAAGGCGAUGUGCUUGUUGCAGGCCGUGCCUACGCAGAGUUGUGCCGCGCGGGUCGUAGUGUGGCAGCGGAGGUGGCGGAGCUUCAGGCGAUGUGCGGUGAGGAGCGUGCCAUGGCCGCGGCGCUAGCGCAACAGCUUGCACACGCGCAGCAUGACCUCCGUGUCGAGAAGGAGCGGGCGGACCAUCUGCAGGCGUCACUAGACGAAACGUCCGACAUCAUGGCGGAGGCCGCGGCGCUUGCAGAGGAGCGUACCUCCCGCAUGGAAAAACUGCUCCGCGAGAACACCGCCUUGGAGGAGGCGCUCCAGGCGCAGCGAGCGUCCCUUCGGGAGCGCGAUGAUGCCGUUGCCGCCGCUGAGCAAAAGCUACGGACGCUGCAAGAUACGAUGCGGCGCGAGCAGACGGAAUGCUACUCCAUACGUGAGGAGUUGCAGCGAAGCAGGCAGGAGGCCAAGACUGUGCAGGAGGACCGUGACGCAGCAAGGUGUGAACUGCAUGAACUUGAACGCAACAUGCAAGUGCUGAAGGAAGCGAUGAAGCAGAGUGAUGUUGACUGCCGAUACCUGCGCAAGUGCAUCGAGGAACUGCAACGGCAACUGGCACAGGCGCAGAAGGAGAAAGACGCCCUAAGUGAGGUGGUGGAGUCAGGGGAGCGGGAAAAGCGACAAUUGCGUGUACAAAUAGAUCGUUCGAAACGUGAUGGCAACAGCACUGCUGCUGCUGGGCUUUGCACCAACGUGUCCGCGCCCUCGCCGCUGCGGCAGUGGAAGGAGCAAUGCGAAGAAACAGAGAUGGUGGCGUCUAGUGUGAACCAGCAAGAGGCUGGAUCGCUGCGGCAGCCCCCGCAGGGGACGGAGCCGAUGGAUAAGGUGCGAUGGUGGAAGGAGAAACUGCAGGCGAUUACAUCAUCCGUGUCAUCCCCCACGCCACUCUUCAGUACUCCGCCUGCCUGUCGAAAAGAAGAAAAGAUUGGCCUCACAGACGACUUUCACAUACUCGCCACGAACAGUGCAACUCUCGCCUCAUUGGCAUACGGAGCCUCGCCGCCAUCGCGGAAGCCCAACGGCAACCGUGUCAUUAUGUAG